AUGGCAAAAGCUAGCAAAACAGUUUGUGAAAGCUUCAAAAAAUCACAAACCCUUUUGCUGCUUCUUUGGGUAGUACUCUUUACCUUGAUUGUUCUUCUCUUCACCGGUCCUCUAGAUCCGUCAAAGGCAGCUUCCUCAUCGUCGGUCAGUCAAGUCCUUCUAGGCUCUCCCACAACCACAACCCAACAAUCCACUAAGGAAUUGCAUUUUGCAGCUACUGCAGCCUCCACUGCCACCACCACCACCACCGCUACUAGAAAUCGACAGUUUGAGGCAGCUGCUCAUGAAGUCCCUAGUGGUCCAAAUCCAGACCAUAACAGUGGGGCUUAUGCCAUGUUGACACAUGUACCAAUUGAAAAUAUGCAAUUCUAG